GAGCAGAGGAUGGAAAUCUCCCAUCAUUAUGAGGGAGAAAGUACCAGAAAGCCAAAGUAAAAGCAAUGCAGUCAAACGAUACAAGAAACUGGGUCAAGCCCAUUAUUCCACAGCCUGUGUGAGUUCUAGAAAAUCUGGAAGAACCAGACAAUCUUAGAUAAUUCCAAGCAGCCCAUGUGAAAACCCACAGAGUUUUGACUUUCUGGUUUCCAUCAUGUGGGAAUCAGAGAGUGAGUCUGUUGGAGGAAGAGAUUAUGGAGAUGGAGUCCUCAGUUCAAGUAACCAUGGAGUUAAGACUGAUGGGUUUGAACGAAGAGAUCACUCAUGGUAUGUUGCUACUGAUAUUCCAAGUGAUAUUCUAGUUCAAGUUGGAGAUGUUAAUUUCCACUUACAUAAGUAUCCCUUAAUCUCCCGGAGUGGAAAGAUGAAUAGAAUCAUAUAUGAGUCAAGGGAUGCAGACUUGAACAAGAUAGUAUUGGAUGAUCUUCCAGGUGGAGCUGAUGCAUUUGAGCUUGCAGCAAAAUUCUGCUAUGGGAUUGCAAUUGAUCUGAAAGCUUCAAAUAUCUCAGGGCUUAGAUGUGCUGCGGAGUAUCUUGAGAUGACAGAGGACUUGGAAGAAGGCAAUCUCAUAUUCAAAACUGAAGCUUUUCUGAGUUAUGUGGUUUUGUCCUCAUGGAGAGACUCAAUUCUAGUAUUGAAGAGUUGUGAGCAGCUCUCCCCAUGGGCAGAAACUCUCCAGAUAGUACGUAGGUGCAGUGAAUCCAUUGCUUGGAAGGCCUGUGCAAACCCAAGAGGUAUCAGGUGGGCUUAUACAGGAAGACCCACAAACUGGAAUGAGAUGAAAGAAUUAAGUCCCAGUAGGAAUCAUCAGGUACCUCCAGAUUGGUGGUUUGAAGAUGUCUCAAUUCUUAGGAUUGAUCACUUUGUCAGGGUUGUUACAGCAAUCAAGGUGAAGGGCAUGAGAUUUGAGUUGAUUGGAGCAGCAAUUAUGCAUUAUGCAUCCAAAUGGCUUCCAGGAUUGAUGGAAGAAGGUAAGGCAGAUGAAGGAAGUAAUAGUAACUGGAGAGGUGGUCUACACAUGAUUGUUUCAGUUACUAAAGAGGAUCCAUCAGGUGUUCAGAUGAGAGAACAAAGGAUGAUCAUUGAGAGUCUCAUUAGUAUAAUCCCAGCACAGAAGGAUAGUGUUACCUGCAGUUUCCUUCUUCGGCUUUUGAGAAUGGCAAACACGUUGAAGGUUGCACCUGCUCUGGUCACUGAAUUGGAGAAACGUGUGGGAAUGCAGUUUGAACAGGCUACUUUGCCUGAUCUGCUUAUUCCUUCAUAUAAUAAGAGUGAAACCUUAUAUGAUGUGGAUCUUGUUCACAGGCUUUUAGAACAUUUUUUGGUUCAGGAACAGACAGAACCUUUGAGUCCAAGCAGACAGUCUUUCUCCGAGAAGCGCACAUAUGAAGGGAAUCUAAGUAGUAAUGCACCUAAUGCAAAGAUGAUAGUAGCAAGGCUUGUGGACAGUUAUCUUACAGAAGUUGCCAGAGACAGAAACCUCUCCUCGACAAAGUUCCAGGUCUUAGCAGAGGCCUUGCCUGAAUCUGCAAGAACUUGCGAUGAUGGACUCUACCGGGCAGUAGAUUCAUAUCUUAAGGCCCAUCCAACACUCUCUGAGCAUGAGAGAAAGAGGCUAUGCCGCGUGAUGGACUGUCAGAAGCUGUCCAUGGAUGCCUGCAUGCAUGCUGCACAAAAUGAAAGGCUUCCACUGAGAGUAGUGGUGCAGGUCCUAUUCUCUGAACAGGUAAAGAUAAGCAAUGCCAUAGCAAACAGCUCCCUGAAGGAAACUGCAGAAUCUUAUUAUCAGCCAAUUAUUUCAACUCGGAAGGCCUUGCUUGAAGGGACUCCACAAUCCUUCCAAGAGGGAUGGGCAACAGCAAAGAAGGACAUCAACACACUUAAGUUCGAGCUUGAGAACACCAAGGCUAAGUACAUUGAGCUCCAGCAUGACAUGGAAAAUUUGCAGAGGCAGUUUGAUAAGAUGUCAAAGCAAAAGCAGUCAUCAGCAUGGACCAGUGGGUGGAAGAAACUGAGCAAACUCACUAAAACGUCGGCUUUGGAGACUCAGGACAUUGGGCCACAGAUCCCAACAUCUGCAGAAAAGACAAGAAAGACUACCAGAAGGUGGAGGAAUUCUAUUUCCUGAACAAUGAAGUAGACAGGGUUAAGGCUACAGAGAGUGAUACUACUUAUGUUUGAUUCUUUCUAUUUUUUUGGUGUGUCCUUUCCUUCCUCGUCGUGGAAAAUUCCCUUUUAAUAGCCAUUACUUCAAUUGUGAGAUGGUGCAAAUUGGAGAUGGAAAAGGCUGAAUGGCCUGAUUUGAAGUGGUGAGAAGGCAAACAGCUGCUAUGGAUUUAAGAGGAAUGGCAGAGUAGAAUUCAUGUAGCUGACCCCAAGAGUUGAGAUAAGGCUUCAUUGAGUUAAAGUGAGUCCCAUUUCUUCAAUUUCAGGUUUGAAUUAGAAAAAUCUUGUUAGCCACGUCUGUGUUUGUGUCACUAUUGAGUUUUUUCUAGAGCUUCUUAUGAAAUUUGUGUAAUAUUUUGUUUCAAAAGGGAAAAAUUAGAAUUGGAAUACUUUGAAUGAA